GGGAGGGGGUUUCGAGAAGUCAGGCUGAUAUUAAGUCCACUGACAAAUAACACAAAACUUAUACUAUCACAGAAAUGAAUAGGAUAAUUCUGAGUCAGCAUAAAAUUACUUUACAUUCAUCACGUCAUACCCUAACUAAAAUAUCAAGAAGUUAUCAGUUUGGUAGGAACUCAAGAAGCAGUGGUUUCAGCCAGCCACCAGGUUAUAUUCCGCCACAUAUCUGGAUGAAAUCGAGACCAGAAAGGGAAGAUUUGAAAACAUCCGUAUUCGGUGUUGAUGAAAAAAAGCCUACUGUGGAUGAAAAAAGUUACUUAUCACAUGCCGCUCAUGCCUCCCUAUCCGGUUUUCCUGUUACAGAGAACUUUUCUUAUGAAAUUGUUAAUAAUUCCACUGCUUUGUGUUACAACCAUCUCUCUGUACUUCGACAGUUUCACAGUUUAAACACCUAUUUCUACAUCCAAAAAUGUUACUACCAUAUUUUACAUUUCAGUAACAGAUUAGCUUUUUCUUAUCUGCAAACAAAUCGACAAGUGUUUGCUACGUUGCAAAGGGCUGUUUGAAUUUUUUCAGAUAAUAAAAAGCAACCUCUCCUAGACUAACAAAUAAAUCAACCGAGGCUUGCACAGAAGACCAUUGGUUUACACUCCUACGUUUCAGAACGCUGAAAAAACAAGUAAUAAACCGAUAAAAAGAAACUAAGUCUAAGUAAUAAAGUCUUUAGAAUUGAGGGGAAAUAAAGAACUUAUUCCGAGGUAAAUUUCUCAAAUUCAUUUGUGACGUUUGCAUUUGCUUAGAGCUGUAUUACUUAAGGUAUCCAUCUAUUCUCCGGCACUAGACAUUGGGAACCAGGAACUUAUGACUGUAUACACCAAACCCUCGAUCAAUGAAAUUCCGAAAGUCGAUCAAAAACUAUUAAAUAAUCUUCAAGCUAUGGGUUUGUUUGAGCUGACACCCGUUCAAAAACAUGCCAUUGGGAUUAUGUCAGUUGAUGAAUAUGAGGAGGUUGAUGUUAAAAUAGAUGAGUCCAAUCAAAGCACAGAUGAUAAUCCUCCUUAUGAACGUGUCACUGGUAAAUUUGAUUUAAUGGCAGCUGCACAAACUGGUUCGGGUAAAACACUAGCUUAUCUUAUUCCAAUUUUCAAUCGUUUGUUGAGAGUUUAUCCAUUUGAAGCGAUGCAAUCUUUGCUCAUCUCUCGUACACGACGCCAGUAUCCCUCAUCUGUAAUUUUGGUACCAACUCGUGAGUUAGUCCAACAAAUACAGUUAGAACUACGUAAAUUAUGUAACCAAACCUUCGUUCGAUCAGUAGGUGUAUUUGGUGGUGAACGACCAGAACGACAGAUGUUUGAAUUGAAUAAGGGAUGCCAUUUUGUAGUUGCAACUCCUGGAAGACUUUUGGAUUUCUUGAACCGUGACUGUAUAUCCUUAAAAUUCUGCAGAUCUUUAAUACUUGAUGAGGCAGACCGAAUGCUAGAUAUGGGUUUUGAAGAGCAAAUACGUCAAAUUUUAGAGUCACCAAAAUUUCAAAUGCCUCCACCAACAGGGAAUGGUCGUCAAACUGCAUUAUUCAGUGCGACAUAUCCACGUGAGGUUGCUCUUUUAGCCAAAGAUUUUCUACGCGGUCCAAACUGUAUUUCUCUUACACUCAGCAGUGCUGAAUCUAAUACUGGCACUAUAGUCCCUACGUGGGGAAAAGCAGUUCGUAAUAAAAAUGAAGAUGAAUUUGAACGACUUACACGAAUAAUUCCCAAAGAAAUUAAUCAGCAGUUCCAAGUGGUUGUCGGUAAUCCUGAAUCCGCUGUUCCGAAUCAUCUUUUACAGUUAAUUCUAGAAAUGAAAUCUAAAAGUUUGGAAAGUGUUUGUCGAGUUCUUGUAUUCUGUAAUACCAAAAGGGAAGUUGAUCAAAUUGAUAAUUAUCUUUAUUCUAACGGCAUAAAAUCGACCUCUAUUCAUGGUGAUAAAACUCAGUCUUCUCGUGCAAAAUCCUUAGAUCUAUUCCGUAAAGGAACAGCGAAUGUUCUUGUCGCUUCAUCGGUUGCUGCUCGAGGUAUUGAUAUACCCAAUGUUUUUGCAGUUAUUAAUAUUGGUCUCCCAAAUGAAUUAGAUGAUUAUGUUCAUCGAAUAGGACGAACUGGUCGUAUGGGUAAAUCUGGUGAGGCUAUAACACUUAUUCAUGAAACCUUGUUACAACAACAACAAUCAAGCAGAACAGUAUCACGUGGAAUUUGCCAACUUUUCGAAUCUGUUGGUAAUUUAGAUAAAGUCCCAAAAUUAUUGUUGGAAUAUGCCAAUAUGGAAACUCAAGAAGGGGGAGAACAAAAAUACAAUAUUCGUUCAAAAAAUAAAGACAUUUAUUCGAAAUUUAAACCUCGUUCAUUCACAAAAGGUUAUAAAAGUUAUUCACGUGAUGAUAGUUCGAUGCGAUAUUUGUAAAUAAACAUUAUAAUUCAAUCUAGCAAUAUGUAAUAUAAACAUAAUUCACAUGUAUAAUUAUAUUUGUCUUCAUUUUUUAUGCGGGGAAAAAAGUAUUGCUUAAUAUAUCAUCACAAGUAUGAAAUCCGAGGACAAUCUUCACAUAAUGCCAGAACAUCGGAACUCCAAAUGUGUUGGUUAAAUCGUUUGUAAUAUUUCUGGUUCGCUUUAUACUUUUGGAAUUCUGACCGAUUCUAUUUGUUGUAUACGAGUUCUUAACAAGUCAUUGCAAAUGGAAUAUAUCGUAACUGCUUACAUCGUACAGUCUAUCAACUUUGAAAACUUGACUUUGCUUCAACCCGUAGAGAAAAACCUUCCGCAAAUUGCAACGUAUUUGUUAAAAUAUUAAUAAACACAGAACAUCAAUUGAAAUAGAAUAAUAUGGAUUCGUUAUUUCUCUGCUGCCUACAAUCAUGUAUGUGCAACAUAGAUGUAUGAUACAAUAUGACAUUGAUGACAAAAAGGAUCAUUGUGACAAAGACUAUCAAUAAUAAUUAUAGGUGUGCAGUCAUUUGGAGAUGGAAUUCGGAAAUAGCGAGGGGGCGCGGCAGUAAUUAAUAAAGGUCC